GCAAACACCGCGGUCAUCCGGCGACCUGCUGCAGCCUCCUGUGGGACCAGUAUGGAGAAAUACGCCCCUAAAUUCAGCAAAGUUCUGGUCACCCCUGAUCCACAUUAUAUACCGGGGUAUGCAGGCUAUUGUCCACAGCUGAAGUACAGUAUGGGGAAGUCUUACGGCCAGCUCACUGCCGAGCUGCUGACCAGUCCUAAAGUGAGACACUCCAAUCGUCUGGUCCUCCACACGGGUCUCAUCCCCUCCACAGAGUCCGACCCUGCUCCGGCACUGGGAACCCUCCCUGACAGUAACUUGAAGAUGAUACCAGGAUACACAGGCUUCAUUCCAAAAAGACAGAACUACUUUGCCUGCAGCUAUUCUGAAACAUGUCGUAAAGCGAUGUCAGAGUAUUACCGAGAAGGGCGUCCGAAGAUCCAACGGCAAUCAACAGCACUGCCACCUGUUGUGAACUACACCAACCAACAUUCUGAAAAACCAAAACCCACUUCUACAGUAAUCUCCAACAAAGUGCUCUCUUUUGAGCCCUUGAAGCCCUUCACCCCCCCUGGAAUACCAUAUUUAAUGGAUGACGAUGACCCGCACAAGUACUUUAUCUCAGGUUUUACAGGGCAUGUGCCAAAAUCUCGCUUCUUAAUUGGCAAAAGUUACCCCAUCACCACCAACCAGGCACUGAUCCAGUUUGGGAAGCAGCAGCGAAAUGACCCCACAUUCCUACACAUCCCCGGGGAAAAUGAGAGCACAACUUCCAUGCCCAAGAUCUAUCAAUCAAACAGGGGCGUGGUCCCGUCAUUCACAGGACACAUCCCAGGAUACCAGUUUAUGUAUGGACAUACCUUUGGUCAACUUUCCCAGAAUGCACUGGAAAAGAGCGGCAUCAAGAGGACCGUUCGGUCAUAAAGACGUCAUACACUUCAAUAAAA